GGUAAAAAGGAAGUCAUUGUUGUUGUUUUUUUCGGAACUUUCAAGUUAAUAUUUUUAAAGUAACCUUUCUAUACACUGUAAACUGUAGAUCAGAAUUAGAUUCAAGAUCAUCAAGAAGAUGAGUUAUCAACUUUAUAGGAAUACAACACUUGGUCACACACUCCAAGAAAGCUUAGAUGAACUCAUUCAGAUGGGACAGAUCUCCCCCCAGUUAGCACUCAAAGUUCUAUUACAGUUUGACAAAGCCAUUAACCAAGCUUUGGCUCAAAGAGUCAAGGCUAAGAUCUCUUUUAAGGGCAAGCUGAACACAUACAGAUUUUGUGACAAUGUCUGGACCUUUGUAUUGAACAAUGUAGAGUUUCGUGAGGCCCCAGUGCAGGAAAUAGCAAAAGUUGACAAAGUCAAAAUAGUAGCAUGUGAUGGAAAGAAUAUGCAGGCCUAAAGGUUCAGCGAGUGAUAUGAUGUGAGCUUGGCAUUUCUUGGUUUAAAAAAGAAAUUGUUUUUAUGUUGUGCUGCUUAUAUUUAAUAUGGUUUGGAAGUAAGUUGAGUUGAGUGAGUUACUGAUAGAAUCAAAACAAUAUGCAAAAAAUUCUUAACAGGCUUUCUCUGUGCCGGUAACAAUAAAUUGUUGGUUAAUGCAAGUCCAAAGUAUAAGAUUUUUAUAACAUUUGAACCCAAUGAAACAUAAUUAAUAUUGCUUCGAUAUCUUAAUAUUUUGUUGAUAUGUGCCCUUUAUUGGGCCAUUGUUAUUUAUUUCAAUUAAAACUUCAGCUGGACAGUUGAACCAGCAGUGCUAUCUUUGCCCAAUCUUCAAAUAACAUUAUUUUUAUGGGGGUGUAGAUAACACUUCUAAAGUCUUGUUGAUUCUUGUCUGUGUGGUCUGAAAAUGAUUUGUUCCUGUAUUUAAAAUUAUUGUUUACCUUAGGAUUUCAAAAGAUGCUAAAUGAUUGUUCUCAAAAUACUGGUGCAAAAUUAUGCAGAGCAAAACAUGAAAUGAUUUAUAACACAAAAACUUAAUGAGAAACCUAUUUUGGAUAUCCAAUGAAAAAUUUACCUUCAAAUUAAAGGGUGCACUUUAAAAAUCAUCAGCUGUCAUAGAAUCAUAGGAUGCAGUGUUUAUGGUUGAUGACCAAAGCAGAUUCUUUUUUUUUUUUUUUUUUUUUUUUUGUCUGUAUUAUAAUGUUAAAAACAGCACAUUUUAGAUUUUUUUUCUACAUUUCUUUUUAUUUGUGCAGAGAUAUUUUUUUUUGUAUACUCAAAAAGGUAUUUUUUAGGUUAAUUAUUUGUAAUACUCUGUUGUAAACUUUAUUUAGUACAUUAUUGUUCAUUUACUUUUGGAAUAUGUGUUACAUGUUUUAUGCCUGUUAACUGGGAAUACACUGUAAAUAGAUUAUCUUGAAUAUAUCCAUACCGUUCAUACAUGAAGUUAAACUUUGUAGCAUUGAUAUUUCUGUUUUUGUUCAAAUGUUUUAAUUUUUAAAUAUUUUGAUUAGGGCACCAUAAAAUUUUUGUUUGUUUGCCUCCUUUCUCAAAGCAAAGAUAUUGAUGUGUUUGGUGAUGGUUGUAUGGUAGACAAUGUUCAUGGCAGUCUUGCUGUUUGCAUUAAGGCUUUGAUUGUCUGGUUCGAUAAAGCUGUGUCCUAGAUAAUAUAAUUUUCUUCCUAUUGGGACCUAAUAAGACUUCAUACAAUCUUGUGUUGUAUUUGUAUCAGACAUUUGAAACUUUAAAGAAUAAAGUCUACUUAAACCAUGUCAAAUUAUUUCUUAGCUUUAUUUUUAAAUUGCUUUUUUAUAUAAAACUUUCAUGCUUAUAGCAUGCUUAGUCCGCUAUGGACCAGUGGUAUCUGGGAGGUUUGUGUGCUGCCUUUAGGCACUCAGCCAACACAAUUCACCUGAAGUUAGGAUCUGAUCUCUAGCCUUAUUUAUAGGUAGGAAAGCUGUUUUUACCACCCAGUCCACCAGCGUGAGAAAAUUUCAUUGAUUUAAAAAAUUGUUGUACUUCCAACAGCUGAAAAAUUUUCUCAUACUAGUCCUUUGUUUAUAAUUAUUCAUUAAUCAAUGUAUACAAAAUGUCUAAAGAAUGUUGUGAGACUGUAAAUAAAGUUAAUCUUUGAAAA